GGGGCAGAGCGGACGCCUGGAAGCAGCGAUCUCGGGCGACGCCUGUGUGCGGCGGCGCGGCCCGGCUCCGGCCCCGCCGGGGCGAUGCUCCCCGGGGCGGCGGGGUGAGCCAGGCCUCGAGCACUGCGGAGGCUCGCGGGGGCCGUUCGGAGUCCCGGCCUUUCAGGCACCAGCUCGGGCGGCUUUUCGCAGCAGGAAUCCGGCCUGCCUGGGUGACCCGAUUCCUCCACCCACUGCUCUGCGACCUUCGGCGAAUGCCUGCCCUUACUGCGCCUCAGUUUCCUCAUCUGUAGAAUGGAGACGCGGUCGCCGCUCAGCCUGUGGCGCGGCCCUUAGCGGAGAGGAGAAGGGAAAGGCGGGACUUCGUGCAGUGACUCCACUGGCUCUGGGCAUGGCGAACCCAGUGGCGGGCAUCGCAGGCUCUGCCGCCAAGAGUGUGCGACCCUUCCGAUCCAGUGAGGCCUAUGUGGAAGCCAUGAAGGAAGACCUGGCCGAUUGGCUCAAUGCUUUGUACAGUCUAGGUCUCCCCGGCAGUGGCGAUGGCUUCCUCACGGGGCUGGCCACAGGCACAACCCUGUGCCAACAUGCCAACGCUGUCACCGAGGCUGCCCGGGCUCUGGCUGCUGCCCGUCCAACCCGAGGUGUGGCCUUCCAGGCACACAGUGUGGCGCCUGGCUCCUUCAUGGCCCGAGACAACGUGGCCUCUUUCAUCGGCUGGUGCCGGGCUGAGCUGGGCGUGCCUGAAGUGCUCAUGUUUGAGACAGAGGACCUGGUGCUACGCAAGAACGAGAAGAGUGUGGUGCUCUGCCUGCUGGAGGUCGCCCGGCGUGGGGCGCGCCUUGGCCUGCUUGCCCCGAGGCUGGUACAGUUCGAGCAGGAGAUCGAGCGGGAGCUUCGAGCUACCCCUCAGGUUUCCAGCGUCCCUGCUGCUGAAGAGGAUGUCACUGAAAUUGCCACUGUACCAGGGGUUCCCACCCGCACACCCCGCAUGACGCCCAAUGACCUUCGAAACCUUGAUGAGCUGGUAAGGGAGAUCCUAGGCAGGUGCACCUGCCCCGACCAGUUUCCCAUGAUCAAGGUCUCCGAGGGGAAGUACCGAGUGGGAGACUCCAGCUUGCUCAUCUUCGUGAGGGUGCUGAGGAGUCACGUGAUGGUGCGAGUGGGGGGCGGCUGGGACACACUGGAGCACUACCUAGACAAGCAUGACCCUUGUCGCUGCUCGUCUUCUACGCACCGUCUGCCCCAGCAGAGGACCGGGACUUUCUCCCCGCAGAGGGGAUCACCCACUCCUAGCCCCCGCCCCGGUAGCCCAGUCCCUGGGAGUGAGCGCAGGAGCUCCCGGCCCGAAGUAACCCCCAUCAGCCUGCGAGGCACAAAGGAGGGGCCUGAGACCCCGCUCAGGUUUCCAGGCUUCUGGGGUUUGUGAGCUGCUUUUCGCUUCCAGAAACAGAAAGGAGUGGAUAAACUCAGCCCCUUCCUCUCCUCACACAGCAGGACAAGGCAGACACCGCCUGGCUGGUCUCGCUGGGGCUGCCUGUGCCUAGGCCCGGCUCCAGAGUUCUCUUUCUUAGCAGAGCGGCCACGCCGGGGCUUUCUUGGGAGUUGCAAGAGGAUUGUGGGUGAGGAAGCUCUGGGCCCCAGCGAGACUUCAAAGCUUUUGAACAGUCUCAUUUAGUAUGCCUGGCUGACCUCAAAGUUUUAAUCCUCCUGCACCAGUCCUUCGAGUACCUGAAUUACAUAUGUGCAGCAGUAUGCCUAACUCCCGUGCUGUGGAAGACGCCAUCCCUGGAACAGAGUUACCAACAGCAGAUCCCACUUAUCCAGGCUGGUGUGGUCGCGCCCUGAGCUGGGCCAUCUGCCCCUCUGGGCUCCGUGGGAUGCAGUGCGUCUGCCUUAGGGUCCAUCAGGCCAUUCCUGCCCCUCGGCCUUUGAGGAAAACCCAAAGAAGCAGAAAGAGGAAGCGGGAGUCUGGGCUGCUUGACAGUGGCAGGUUGGGGGAGCGUUAAAGGAUGGAGGGAGGCCCAGAGAAGGGUUUGAGGACACUGUCAUGUCACCUAAGCUAAACCCUGAGAAACGAGGACGUUUCAGAUGGCUUCAGAGGCUGGGUGGCAGCUGAACAGGUUCCUGGCUGGGGAGCAGGCUCCUCCUGCCCUUGCCUCUCAGGCAGCAAUCUGAAGGUCACUCUCCAUCUUCAUAAAGUGACAUAUUUCAGAUCUACCCUGCUGACCUGCACCAACAUAGCUUCUUCCUGGCUAGCCUGGCAGUCUUUCCCUGGGGCUCAGCGCUGUACCAGCUCCAGGGGCUUUUUGCCAGGGUUCUCCGAGGAUACAUGCUGGCUUACCUGUUAUCAUGACACCAGUUGUCCCAGCACUUACUCACCUCCCUGAGGUCUAGAUGGGAGUCCUCUACUGCUCAGACACCUGGCAUGAGGUUGUCCUCAUUACAACCACAUCCCUGGUGGCCAGUCAGCUUCCUGAAGGGAAAAUGGGAUUUCACGGACAUCAGGCACUGAGGUGAGGCCGAGCCCUCCUCCCAGAGCUAUGCCAUCUAUGCAAACUGCUUACGCUCUCAGAGCCUUGGUUUCCACCAAAAGGGACAAUAAACAGGCUGAUGGGGGCAGCAGGGACUCCAGAGGAUGAAGGACUGCAGAGCAAGGCCCUGUCGCAAAAUAGACAUAUAAGAUAACGAGUUAUUAAAUAAUAGUCUGGACCUCACAGGGUUGUUGUGGGACUCAAUGGGAUAACACAAAGAGGAAACCUUUGAGGCUGGGGAAAGAAAAUCUGUACAGAGAAAAGAAUUCCAUUUUAUAUGUAAAUGUGGAGGCAAGAUGGUGGCCAUGCAUGUAGACAGUAAGCAGGCACAUGUUCUCGCUCUGUCAGCUGUGAGGACCAGAGACACCCUGAAUAGUAACAGGCACGCUCAGAUCUAGGUCUCGGUAAGGGACUCUGUGUUCAAUGAUAGGAACCAGGCUCUUUGAGAAAUGGCCAGCUGUAAGGUCAGGACAGGACAAACACAACUCAGAAUGCCUAGGCAGCCAGGACAAAAGGGAAAUGGCAAAACAAAUAAAUUAGCACAAGGAUGUCGGGUCAGAAGGACUGGUAGGUAGGACAGGAAAGUGCUCCUGCUGGCUGGAGCCGGUCCAGCCUCAGCACUGAGACAUGGUAGCAGGAGACUUGCUCAGGUCCUAGGGCCCUGUAAGCCAAGUACAGUGGCGCCUGUAACCCCCACACAGCAGGCUGAGGCGAGGCGACCAUGAGGCGACCAUGAGGCGAGUACAGUGGCGCCUGUAACCCCCACACAGCAGGCUGAGGCGAGGCGACCAUGAGGCGAGUACAGUGGCGCCUGUAACCCCCACACAGCAGGCUGAGGCGAGGCGACCAUGAGGCGACCAUGAGGCGAGUACAGUGGCGCCUGUAACCCCCACACAGCAGGCUGAGGCGAGGCGACCAUGAGUUUGAGGGCUGUUUAGACUGUGGUGAGACCUUGUCUGCAAAGUAAAAAAACAAGGGCUGCCAGGAAGAUGUCAGUCAGUAAAGUGCACGCUCUACCCCCCCCCCCACAUACACACAUACACACACACACACACACGCGCGCGCGCGCGAACAUGUAUGUACAUAACAUACACACAAUCAAAGCUAGCACAAAAACGGAUCCCAAGUCCAAACUGAUAAGAAACGAUGGGUGCACGGUCCACAGCACUUGCCUAGCAAGGGCCUCGCUGUGGCCCUAGGGCUGGAGAGAGAAAGGAAGACCCAGAAGGAAGCUGGGCGUGGUGGUGACUCAGGCCUUGACCCUAGCACUGGGGAGGCAGAAGAAAGAGUAAUUCCAGUUCCGGCCCAGCCUGGCUCUGCUCAGAGAGGAGAGAGAAGGGACCCAGGAAAGCAGGAGAAUUAGGGCAGGCACAAGGUUCCUGGUUAAUCCCCAGUGUGGAAGAAAUGAAUAAAGGAAUUUUUUUGUUUA